AUGGUACUCUGUUGCAAGCACUUUCUUGCCAUGAAUGCUUUGGCAGCUAGUUCUACCCAUAGCAAGGUGUUCUCAGUCAGUCAGAGGAUGAUGUUGCAACCACCUCCCUCCAUUGCGACAACUGCGACUAAAGUUCUAUGUUUAACACAAGUGGUGACUGAAGAUGAACUUAAAGAUGAUGAAGAUUAUCAAGAUAUAUUGGAAGACAUGAAAAUAGAAUGUAGUCUAGUGAAUGUUGUAAUUCCACGCCGUAACCCUACUGGAGAACCAGCACUAGGUGUUGGCAAGGUCUUUUUGGAGUAUGCUGAUGUGGAAUUAGAUUCCCUGUCACCCUGGGCUACGUGGAGCAAUUGUACCUGGUACAAGAUUGACUAUAAUGGGAAUUUACAGCAUAUUUCAAGCUUCAAAGACAUCCAAAUCGUAAUACUUUCACUCUAUCUAUUCACAAAUAACAUUUAA